AUGGGGACCUGGUUCUCGAACCAGAUCUACCAGCGUUACAUCGGAGAGCCACUGCUGCCGCCGCCGCCGAGCCCACCGAUCGCGGGAAACAUGAUGGUGGCCAUAGACUGGCGAAAUAGUGCAAAGAUGAGGGCACUUGGUGCCGUUGUAGUGAUGGUGGCCAUGGCCGCGUUCCAGGUUGAUGCAGUGCGAGUGGGUCAGCCACCGCUGGCCCCGUCGGUGACGUCGUCCCGGCGAAUCUCUCCUACAGUCCUAAUCUCCUUCUCCAUUCUCUCCCCCCGCUCCACAGAAGACAAAAUCUCCGCCGACCAGACGCCCGCCUCGUCCUGGUGGAACUCGCACAUCUCCGACUCCCUGCCCGCCGCCAAGAACUACUUCCAGGCCACGCACGGUCUCGUCCAGACGCACCCGUCCUUCGGCAAGACCGGCCCGUCGGCCCUUCCACUGACCUCAGGGUCACGACCCAGCAGCAGCAGUCCCCUGCUGGCCAGCGGGUUCCCCUCGAUCGCCAACCCGAACCCCCGGUCUCCGUUCCGUCAUUUGGACUUUAGCACCAGCGCGACCGCCGAACUGCGCCGCAAUCCCAGCCUGUCCGCCCCGGACGAGUGUGCCCGCGCUUGCCGCGAGGGAGAACCGCCGAGGAUCUGCUACUACCACUUCACCGUCGAGUACUACACCGUGCUGGGAGCUGCCUGCCAGGUGUGCACCCCGAACGCGACCAACACCGUGUGGAGUCACUGCCAGUGCGUGCUGGCCGAUGGAGUUGAGCGAGGUAUUCUGACGGCGAACCGGAUGAUCCCUGGGCCGAGUAUUCAGGUGUGCGAGAACGAUAAGGUGGUCAUUGAUGUGGAGAACCACAUGGAGGGUAUGGAGUUGACGAUCCAUUGGCACGGACUGUGGCAGAAGGGAACGCAGUACUACGACGGUGUGCCGUUUGUGACGCAGUGCCCCAUCCAGCAGGGAAAUACGUUCAGAUAUCAAUGGACCGGUAACGCCGGCACCCACUUCUGGCACGCCCACACCGGUCUCCAAAAGCUGGACGGUCUGUACGGCAGCAUCGUCGUCCGCCAGCCCCCAUCGCGCGAUCCCAACUCCCACCUGUACGACUUCGAUCUGACCACGCACAUCAUGCUCGUCAGCGAUUGGCUCCACGAGGACGCCGCCGAACGUUACCCGGGUCGUCUGGCCGUCAACACCGGCCAGGAUCCCGAAUCGCUGCUCAUCAACGGCAAGGGCCAGUUCCGCGAUCCCAACACCGGCUUCAUGACCAACACCCCGCUGGAGAUCUUCACCAUCACGCCCGGCCGUCGCUACCGGUUCCGUAUGAUCAACGCGUUUGCUUCGGUUUGCCCCGCCCAGGUCACCAUCGAAGGACACGGCCUGACCGUGAUCGCCACCGACGGAGAACCCGUGCACCCGGUGCAGGUCAACACCAUCAUCUCGUUCUCUGGUGAACGUUACGACUUUGUCAUCACCGCCGACCAGCCCGUGGGCGCGUACUGGAUCCAGCUGCGCGGUCUCGGCGAGUGCGGCAUCAAACGGGCCCAGCAGUUGGCCAUCCUGCGGUACGCCCGCGGACCGUACCAGCCAGCGUCCCCACCACCAACCUACGACGUCGGUCUGCCUCAGGGAGUGGUCAUGAACCCACUGGACGCCCAGUGCAACCGCGAGCGCGACGACGCCAUCUGCGUGAGCCAGCUCAAGAACGCCAAGGACGUGGACCGUGCGCUGCUCCAGGAGAAACCCGACGUCAAGAUCUUCCUGCCGUUCCGCUUCUACCUGUACCGACCGGAGGAACUGUUCCAGCCCAACACCUACAACCGAUUCCUUGUCGCGCCCACCGGAGACCACGUAAUCUCGCUGAUCGACGAAAUCUCGUACCUGUCCGCGCCGGCACCGCUGCUCUCGCAGUACGACGACAUCAACCCGGAGCAGUUCUGUAACGGCGAUAACCGACCGGCCGACUGUGGCGCCAACUGCAUGUGCACCCACAAGGUCGACAUCCCGCUGAACGCGAUCGUCGAGGUCGUGCUCGUCGAUGAAGUCCAACAACCCAACUUGAGCCAUCCGUUUCAUCUGCACGGUUACGCGUUCAACGUGAUCGGUAUCGGUCGCUCGCCCGACUCGAACGUCAAGAAGAUCAACUUGAAGCACGCGCUGGACCUUGAUCGUCGUGGUCUGCUGCACCGUCAGUACAAUCUGCCCCCGCUCAAGGACACGAUCGCUGUGCCCAACAACGGUUACGUGGUGUUACGUUUCCGCGCCGACAAUCCCGGUUUCUGGCUGUUCCACUGUCACUUCCUGUUCCACAUCGUGAUAGGAAUGAACCUGAUCCUCCAGGUCGGUACGCCCGCCGAUCUGCCGCCGGUUCCGCCAAACUUCCCGACCUGUGGUGACCAUUUGCCGCCGAUACAGCCGUAAGGCCGACCGUAACGCGCCAACCCCCUUACUCACAUUUUAAGAGCCUUAUUAGCACAAAACAUGAGCGGCCGCCCGAAGCGGUUGCUCAUCUAGAAAGUUUUAUUCUUUUCAUUUCUACGCGCUCUUCUGCUUCUUCUCGAGUGACGUUACGUGGCGUUACGAGAGGAAACGGGACGCAAGAUUUUUUAUUCCCCUUUUAUCAUUUCAACCUUUACGCGUCAUGCUAGGAUUAGGAAACUGAGAAUACUCCCAAACACCACAAAAAAGUUUACAGAAGAGCGAUACUUUUAUAAACAGGCCGAGCACGUGCUUUGUGUUAGACUUUUUAUAGUUAGAGAUUUUUUUUUGUUUUAAUUUAUAGCGAUUUGUUGUGUAAGUAAAUUAAUUGUUAGCUAGAGAAAACGGCGCCGAAUGGCGCCCGGAGCCGAAACGUCAAACUUGGGAUCACCCAUACAUACACACACACCCACACAAACGGAGCUCAAUCGCGUUACACACUGUUACACUUCUUUACUCUCUUUCUUACAGGCAUUUAUUUUCCGUGUAUUUUAUUCCAAAUUUUUGUUAAUUCACCUUUUGAGAAAAUGGCGUGCGAAAACGCCACUGGCGCACCCCUCGCUCGUUCAGUGACAGCCGAGGGGUAAGGCAGUUCAAUUUUCGUUUCGCCACUUGCUUAAAAUCGUGAAUGUUUAGUCAUUUUUGUACAGAAAAGUAUGCCGCCAUAUUUAUUUACUGUGUAUAGUUUAUCUGUCAUUGUGUUUUCUUGUUUUUUUUUUCAUGGUCUGUUUUGGUUUGCGCUAUCGUUUGCUAUCUCUAACCCUAAUCUUUAUUUCCUAGUAACUUCAGAUUGUAAGAAAGCAUCGUCGAAGAGUGUGAAAAAAACUUAUGUGUAAAUAUUUAUAAUACUCAGUGCAUCAGCUCAUCCUUUUGUUUACAUUUCGUACCUCAAAUGUCAAACCUCUACCACAGCAUAACUCACAGAACCCAUCAAAGCUAGCCCCGUUUACGGCACAAACCUAACUUUAAAAAACUCCACGCGAUGCACCUACAUUACGCCACCUUGGGCGCACUACCAUCGCAAGAAAAACAACGAAACUGCCACGGAAAAAAAUGUUGCAAACACUAAUUUCCGCAAAAGCAAAAAAACGCCAACACUGCCAUCUCUUUUGCUAGUCGACAACUGAUCCGCAAGAGGAAACAAUAACAACAACUAAAAAAAAAAAAAAAACAAAGUAGACAGGCAACAAGUAUUCGCGUGCGAGGACAACACUUUUAACCUCACUUUUCCCCCCUUCAUCGCACCUACUUUGAUGCAGAAAUCGAUUCUUCGUUUAUUUUAAGGCAGAUUUAUUUUUCCAUUUCUACGAGUGUUUGAUUACCAACCAUAAUUUCGUCAUUUUAAAAAAAUAGUGUUUAAUUUUAAGCAAAGAUGACGCGACAGAGCAAAAUUUAUAAUUCGAAGGUAACCCCGCGCACACACAGAAUAUGGCGUCCAAUUUAUGAGAUAUUAAAUCGUGCUGCCAUGAUGUUGUGAAUGCUACCCCCCUUCUUCCCAGAGAAAGAAAACGAUUUAAACAACGUGUGUAUAAAAAUUGUGUAUAUAAAAAUAAUCAAAUGU